ACAGACUUAUCACAUGGGCGCGGCAAACGGGCAUGUCGCGCCAAGCGGAGUUUGAAUUUGGCUCAGCGGGCUUUUGAUGGCGGGCAUGGGCAUGGGCAUGGCUUGUGCCCAUUUUCUGAGACCAGUUUCUUCCCUGAGCUCUCGUCGUUGAUAGCGGCAGCGCUCCCCGUCGUCGAUAUCGCUUACAGCAUAAGGGCACAACAUCUGAAUAUCCGAGAUGCUCAGUGAACUCAGAUUUUGCGGCGUUGAGGGCUCUAGUUCGCAUAAUCAGUAUCCCAGUACUCAACCUCACGUUCUCCUUCCUGAAACAUGAGCUCAACGUCACCGCCAUGACUCCGUCGGACCACGGGCUUGAUUAAGACUUGGGAGGUAAAGAUCAUAACCCCCAAAGAUGAUUCGUCCAUUUAGCAAUCCAGUUUCGCUUUAUCUUCAA